AGACUACUUAAAACAGACCCCCCUCAGGAUGACCCAGAGGAGCUCCACACCGACUCAGACCUGAACCUGAACCUGGACCUGGACCUGAACCACCUGAGAACUCAGCAUGAUGUUGUUGGUGGUUUUCAACCUGCUGCAGGAGAUUUACAGGACCGACGGAGCCGGUGAGUCCGGACUUUUCUCUGUUACCUGUUUAUUUAGACUUUACUCUGACCCACGGUACGAGAGAUUUGGGGUUUUAAGAUCAGCUGAGACCAAAAAAACACAGAGAUCUCUGAACUGAGUGAGUCUGAGUAAAAAAACACUAACACUGAUCUUCAUCUGUUAUUACAGCUGCUGUUCUUGAUACUUCUGCAUUUACACACUUUUUCUGUGUGUUUAAGACAAAAAAAAGUCUAAAUUCUGCAAAAAAAUAAAAAAAAUAAGAUUUAACAGGAAAUAGACCCCCAUACUUUCAAAUCACUCCUAAAAACACAUUUUUAAAUUGGCUUUUUACCUGUGAACUGUUCUCUUAUUGUCUUUUUUAACUUUUUACAUUAUUGGUUUUAUUUGUCAAAAUUUUCUGUAUUUUAAAUUGUUUUUUUUUCUUUGUAAAGCGUCUUUGAGCAAAAGUGCAUUAUGAAUAAAAUUUAUUAUUAUCAUUAGUAUUAGUAUUAGUAUUAUUAUUCUUAAGAACAUCAACUCUAGAAAUUAACGGGUACUGCUCCUUUAAAAGAGACGGUCUGUGCAACUUAAAUACCAGACAAAAAGUCCCAGAAAACUUAAAAUACUUUUUUUUUUUUCUGAGUACUGACUGAUUAGAACAUUAGAUAUUUAAACAUUAAAUUUGUUAUUGGAUUAUUAUCUCUUCAUUUAUCUUCACAAACGUCCAGUUUUGUUUCAGCUCCACGUCUACGGCCGACAAAUCUCCCAAACUCUGACGUGAUCAGCAGAAACACCUGAAAUUAUAAUUUAAGUAUUCUGUGUUUAAAAAGUCUCUGUACUGUUUGUAAAAGACAUAAAAUAAAUCAUAUCUAAUGUUUUUAUUUUGACAUUUUACUAAUAAGAAAAAUCAAAAUACUGUCUUAUUAUUAUCUGGAGAAAAAGUCACUUUAGGGGUUCCUCAGGGCGCGACUCUCGGCCCCCUGAUCUUCUCAUAAUACUUCCCUUUAAUGAUCAUCCUGACACAGUUUCAGACGAACCUUUGAGUUCAGACCGAGUCCUUUAACAGGAUCAUUCAUGUGUUUUUAAUGUCAGAUUCACUUUAGUCUCUCUACACCUGUCUCUGCCAAAACUCCUAAAACUCCUAAAACUCCUAAAACUCCGACACUGAGCAGUUUUUUUUAAAGUGGUAGUAAACAUGGAGAUGAGAUCACUCCUGUUUUAACUCGUCUGCUCGGCUUACUGUAAAGUUUAGGGCCGGUUUUAAGAUUUGACUGAUUGUUUUAAAGCCACUAAAGGAUCCGGUCCUCGGCUGUGUUUCUGACCUUUUCACUUUUUAUGAGCCGCCUCAGUUUGAGAUCCUCGGGCCGGGUUUUUAUUUGUUCCUCAGUCCAGACUGAAGACCAAAGUGACUUAUCCAAUCAGCUGUAAAUCUGGAGGGAUUCACGAUUUCUGAUUUAUGAGUGUCUGCAAAAACACAGUCCCAGUCUGAUUCUGUUUAUGAGGAGGUUUCAGUUUAUUUGGUAAAAUACUACAAACCUCAGUUUAACUGUGUACACUUACAUGUUCAGUUUUUACAUGUUAUUAUUCAGAAUUAUUGUGUCCAGAAAAUAUCAAAAUAACUGUAUUAUUGUAUAUUUAUGGAAAACAAAGAUAUAGUUAUCUGUCUGAUUCUGUUUUUUACAGCAGCUCUGGUUUUAAUGUUUAUGCCCUCAGGGAAACGUGUCACUGAAUUCAUUUCUGCGGCUAAUAAAUGGGUUUUGUGAACGAUAAUGUGUUUCAAGGGUAAAUGAAUCAGAAAUUUAUGGAUGUUGGGAGGCAGACCUUGAGGAGAACGUUUAACUCCCACAGCAUCCAUUAAUUCCUGAUGAUGAAUAACAAAGGACGGUAUUCUGAUUAUGGUCACCUCAGAAGAAUCCAGUUAAUAGUCUUCACCAAAAGUUUGAAAUACCUGGAGGUUUGACGAACAUCCGAGGAGGUCAUUAUUGUCCCUGAAGAAGAGAAAUAAAAUCUCCAACUUUAACUUUAACAAACGGAGGAUGAGAACUUCUUGGCAACAGCAGGUGUUUCUGCUCUGAACAGCUCACACUAACGCAGAAGAACUACUGCAUCUGUAAAAUGAUUAAUAUGGUGAUUAUUACUUCAAGGGAAUGAUAAAGAAAUGAUCAUAAAUGUUCUUCCUUGAGCUGCGGCACCCCGCUGUAGUCUGUAAUGGACUGGAAGAGAGUAGGUGAGUUGUGUUUAGUCUCUUUGCUAAAGAAAUUAGUCAAAGUUAAAAAGAUGUUUGGUGUCUAGUACUAUGGCUGUGACCCUAUCUGUCCUGUUGAUGAAGUUAGGUGUGGCUAUAGAGUGGCGUUUUGGUUGGGGGCGUGGCUCUCUGUAUUGCUAUCCUGCGGUCGUUACUAAAGUUGGUAUACCUAGAGAAGGAAGCGGUCGACAACAUUCAUCUCUGGAUGUUAUGGUGGAUUUGACCCUGAAUUAAUUUUACGCCGGAAUAUCCCUUUAAGAGACAUUAUUAUUCUGCCGGACUGAAUGGACGCCCUGCAGCCAAUCAGAGGUGAGGAUCCUCCACUCUGGAGUUGUCAGGCCUCACAUGUAGCUCCAGCUGUAGUUUUUAUUGUAUUUGUGCAGCUCUGCAGACGACCUUAAACCCCUGCUGGCUCCGUGCUCUUACCGAACAGAUGUAUGAUGAUGAACUGGGAGGCUCUGCACUAUUUACUGUGAGUCUGCAUCUUCAUCAGCGCGGAUGAGAGUCAGACUCUGGUCCGGCUCUGCUCCACGUUCACUUAACAGCCAAAUUAAGUUAUUCAAGCCCCAUCUGGAAGAUUUAACGCUCCCAUUAGCAUACACCAGCAUGAGUCAGCUAUGUCCUCUGCCCCUUCUGUGCUGCUCCAGCAAACAGUUGGUCAGUCAUACGUCUCCAGCGCCGGUCGUUUAGGCUGUCAGCGGGCCAAGCGGCUGAAUUGAUCCCUCUGCUUUUAUUGGAGCAGCAGGUAGAGAGAGGAUGAACUGAUCUUUAAUGGACAGAGAGAGAGAGAGAGAGAGAGAGUGAUGACGGCUUCAUCACGGUAACAGAAUCAGACCUGUUCGCUCAAUUCAACGAGGGAAUCAGGGGUUAAUAACAGGGACUUUAAAGGGAUAUUCCCCUUUUUUCAGGGUGGACUCUGACCCUGACCCCAACAAACACUUUGGUUUAAUUUCAUGUUUUAACUCUUUUCUAUGUUCUCCAUGUUGGCCUUGGUUUCAUUCACAGUAAUCCUCUUUAUUUAGGAUAUUAGGAACAGUUCAGAUAUUUCAUGUCGAUCAUUCGGCCUCAACAAAAACUCGGCUGUCUCUGCGUCUGUUUUCUCCACCACUCCAAGGAUGACCCGAUGUUUAUUCCAGUUAGAUUCCACGCUUGGUCACAUUUCCUCUUUGACUCCGCCCUUUCUUCUGUCGGCGUUUUCUUCCCACUUUUGGCGGUGGGGCGAGCAGAAGUGGGUUUUUUUUUGCGUCCUUCUCCAUCACAGCUCCUGUAGCUAAGCUGCUACACAAUGGUAGAGUGGGAGGGGACGAGUUGGAACUACGGGAGAGGGGUGUGUCAAAUACAGCGAGGUGAUUGGAUGGAGAGAUGGAGCAGGAAAUUGACCAAUCGGAGCUGUCCGGGAUGAAUGGCUCCCAUUGGUCAAUGUUUUUGCAGUUCUGAACAGAUUUUUUCUGAUCUUUUUUUCUCUUCACUUCGUGGAGAUCGCACUGUAGGACCAUGAUCUCCAUGGAAACGAGGUUCAUCAUAAUUACCGAUCUCUUCAAUCGUCAAUCAUCCUUCAAACCGUCAGUUUUAUGUCUCCGUCGUGUUUCUGAAGAUGUUUUUAUUCCCGGGCUCAUGAACCUCCUGCUGUUUCCUCCUGAUGACCAUGAACCCUCACUCCCGCCCACUUUCCCAUCAUCCCUCAGUCCUCUCCCUGCCUCUUAAUUACACCGUUGAGGGGGCAUGAAAAGGGGAACAGAGUAUUGAUCGUUCAGCUGCACCUGGUUUCCUCUGCUGUUCUCCUGAUUCUGCACUAAGAGACUCUCGGCCUGUUGGCUCUCAGCAGAAUCAGAACCGACUCGGUGUUGCACUUUAUCAUGAUGGUCCAAAGGUUCGCUUCAUGGUAACAACUUCAUGGCGUGGGUUUAAAGUCAUCGUUUCUGACCUUUCCCAGAGUUCAUGAUGAUGUGACCUUGACAGUAUAGAAAACAACAUGAUAGAAGCCUCUAUAACCACACAGGACAGUAGGAUCUAGUAUAGAUAUUACAGCUGACGUCUUCUCUCCCUCCUCAGUCCUUGACCCCUGCUUGGCCUACAUCAGCCUGAACGAGCCCUGGAGGAACACUGACUACCACGUCAACCAGUCGUCCGGCGUUCCUCUAUGUGACAGCCACGUGUCCGGGGAGUGGUACCGCUUCACGGGCAUGGCGGGGGACGCCAUGCCCACCUUCUGCGUCUCUGAGAAUCACUGCGGCACCCACGCUCCCGUCUGGCUCAAAGGAAGCCACCCCCAACUCCACGAGGGCGCCGUCACCCUGCCCGUCUGCGCCAGCUUCAACGGGAACUGCUGCCAGUGGAACGCCACCGUGGACGUGAAGGCCUGCAGCGGAGGGUACUUUGUGUACCGGUUGCCAAGACCGUCAGUCUGCUUCCACGUUUACUGCGGGCGUACGUAUGAAAGUCUGUAGAAUUAGAGUCUCUGGAUUAUAUAUAUCUAUAAUUUUCUAUAAACAUAUAUCUAUUUAUCUAUGUUCAUCAGCCGACCCCGCAGAGCUCUGACAUGCAGACGCUAGAUCUACAGCAGAUAGAAGUCGUCUACACCACCAGGAUUUUUGAGUUUCCUUCUUUAUUUUGUCUUUUAUUUUGUGUUUUGUUCAGAUUUCUACGAUAUCUGCGAUGAGGUGGACUGCACAGGUCCCAAAUGUCCUCCGUCUGAGUGUCGCUGUGGACCGGGGACCGUCCUGGGACCGGACAGACAAACAUGUUUGGGUGAGACGGAUGAGGAGGGGGGAGGGGGAUGAUAAGUUAUGUAAGUAAAGAUAAUCGGAGAGGACAUGUGAGACGGACGGGCAGGAAAUGCUUUCUGAAAACAAGGAGAGGAAUCCGUCAGAGCGGAUUUAUUCUGUUUUGACUCCUCAGUGUUUCUGGAAAAUCUGAUUUUAUGUAAAUCUGAGUCAAACAUCAACGAUGACGGAUAAACAGAGACGAUUCAGAGGGAUCAAGAGUUUUAUUUUCACCAUCAUUUACACACAGAAACGGAUUUUAUGGUGUUUUUGUCUUCAGUCUGUUUCAGACGACAUUAAAAUGAGAGAAUUGAACUGCAGCUCCACCAGAGUCAAUAAAACUAAAGAGUUUAAGAGUAAAGAGAUGAAACUGUAGGUCAAACUUCACUUUUCAAAGUUUUUAUAUCUCUGUCAAAUUUAUGAAAACGUGAGUCUGCAGCUCGGUUAGACGCCUCUCCACCAUCUUUGUCUGACUGGGAACACUGGUUUAGCUGGAGCUCAGAGUAACAGCGUCAGAUUCACCGUCAGACUCACCGCAGUCUGAACCUGGUUGGUGUUAAAUCUGGUGAAAACUGAUGGCUGAGCUUCAUCUUCACUCUUUAUCACCCUUUAAAGGAAACUGACUGUUUUUACAUGUUUGUCUUUUUAAAUAAGAUUUGAUGGUAAAGUUUAGUACUGUAGAGUUUUCUGAAUUGAGCUGAUAAAGUCGUUUACUCUUUGAUUACAUUAAAUAACUUUCUCAGCUUUGAAACGUCGCUGAUUAGAUCCUCUCAGACCGCCUCCGUCCUUCUUCAGGUCGUAGUUUUUCUUUUUUGUUAAUUAUGCGUUGAUUACUUUUGUUUUUUUAUUUAAUUGUUGCUUAAAUAUUCACCAGAUUAGAAAAAAAUUAAGAGUUUAAAGACAGAAAUAGUGAAAAAAUCAACCGAGUGUUUACUGACUCAGAGGUGUUGGAGGUCCGAGUGUGUGUCAGGCUGAAGGUCCAGCUGAUAACAGGUGAAACUGACCAUUAUCUCAUCUCGUCUCCUCCUCUCCUCCUCCCUUUGCUCCCUCUCUCCUCCCUCCUUCAGUCCCUCCUUUGUAUUCUAGCUCAGUAUUUCCUCUCACUAACACAAACACACUCUUACAGCCUCUGAAGUCCGUCUAUCCUCCUGUUUAUCCUCCUGUUUAUCCUCCUGUUUCCUGCGUGUUUGAAGUGGACUUCCUCCAGGUUAUUAGUCCGUGCUGUGGUGGAUUAAAAUCCGACUCCCCUGAGGAUGAACUGACUCAGGUGUGUGUCUCUUUUUCAGAUGUGAAUGAGUGUGAGAAGGGGAACGGCGGCUGUGCAGAGCUGUGUGUGAACACCAAAGGCUCCAGACGCUGUGAGUGCGGGCCGGGCCGUGUGCUGGGCGAGGACGGACUCACCUGCAGAGGUACACCUGAGCUCUGAUGUUCAUGUUUCACAUCUGUCAGAGAUGGUCAGAGCAGAGAAACACUCGCCGCUCCUCCUGUUUUCCAGAGAUAGCCGGCUGUCACGUUAACAAUGGAGGCUGCAGUCACGGCUGCUCCUCGCUGCCAGAGUCGUAUCAGUGCAGCUGUCCCCGAGGGCUGGAGCUGGGAGAGGACGGACGCACAUGUCAAGGUGUGUGUGUGUGUGUGUGUGUGUGUGUGUGUGUGUGUGUGACAGGAAAGCUUUUUGAGGUUUGAAUAUCAGGCUGACAGGAGGACGAGCUGACACAACAGAUCUCGACAGUAAAGGUUACACCGUGACGCUUUUUCAGGUUUUAUAUGAGAUUUUUUCAUUUUUUCUGAGCGUCCGUGUUUUUAUCUUUUAAGUAAAUUAACAUUAAUUAAAUUAAGACAACAAAGUGAUGCUUUACUACAAACCUCUUAAUUCAAAGUGACAUGGUUCAGAUAAAACAGAGUUGUUUCCUGACUGUUUCCUUUACAAACCCACACUGCGUUCUUUUAACACUGAAUAAAUCACUUAGUGUGGAAAACACAAAAAAAGUAUGGUGGCCCUGAAGGGCAAGUGCUAACAUGUUUUAGAUAUAAAAAAUAAAAGGUUCUUAUGUUUUGAAAAAAAAAUUGGGACAUGUUUUUUUUACUUUCAUGGUUUAAAAUUUUUUUUUAAUGAAUUUUAGGUCUUUUUUGAGUUACAUUGAAUAUUUUUGAGGGGGAGUUUUUGCAACAUGUCAUUUUUUUCAUUUCAUGAAAUGUUUUUGCCUCAAGAAACAGUUUCAGAUUUAGUUUACUUCUCUGUCUACUUUAGUUUACUUUAGAAAUAAAGUUUGCUUGAAUAAAAUGUCAAUGUAGUUAAUAUUUUAUUUAAUUGAUGAAGUUUUUUUUCAUACUAUUUCAGCCUGUUCUAAAUUUUGAAUUAAUGACAGGAUUUUAUGUUUUUAAUUUUUUGAGAAAUUUCUUUUUUUGUAAUAUUUUUAAUUUUUUUGAGAAAUAUUUUCUGUUUUCAUGAACUGACUGCAUUUCAUUUUAAUUUUUGUGAAUUGUGUCUUGUGUAAAAUAUUUUUGAUUUUCAUUCUUUUUUUUUUAAUUUUUGAAAUCCUUUUGGCGUUCAUGGGCCUCCGUAAAAAAAGCUGGUAUCAUAACAAAGUUUCAUUUACAACCUUGAACUGUUACUUUAUUGAUAGUUGAAAGAAUAAUAUGAGAGAUAAAUGUUGAAUAUCAUCCGUCAGGUUUCAGAUCCAGGUCUUUGUCCUUGAAGGUCCGAUUCGCUCCGACUCAAACUGGUUCUGUUUCUUAGAACAAGAUAAACAUGAAUGAACAUGAUUUUUCUGUUGGAGGAGCUGAAACUCUGUUUGCUUCAUUAUUUAGAGUAAAUACUGCUGAGAUUUACCAAAGACACACCUGUUUAAAACAAACACACCUUAUUUUUAUGAAAAAUAACAGAUGAAGCUUUUUUUAAAAUUUCUUUUCAGGCGACAAAAUCUUAUUUAAACAAAGUUCAGUCCAGAUCCGCAUCUUUAUUUGUGUUUCUGGAUCACAGUCGGAUGACUUUGAGCCUCUCUCUGUUUCUGUAGAUCUCUCUCUGGUUUGUCUCAUCUGCUGUUUUUUAUUUAAUCAUAUAAAUAUUUCCUUCUUUUCUCUCAGUGCCGGUCCAGUGUGAUUCCAGCUCCAUCGUGGUCUCGGUUCCUAAGGAUCUGGUUGGCGGUCUGGAGCUCACGCUGUCCAACUCGUCCUGUAGAGGCGUCUCUAACGGCACCCACAUCAACCUGAGCUUCAGCCUGAAGACCUGCGGCACGGUGGUGGAGGUCAAACUUUAGGAGGAUGUUUCAUUUUUACUAUCAUCACUUUAUUGAAACGUUCUCUCGGAUUAAACAGUCUCCUGUCUGAGUUUGGCUCAGUUUCAGACUGGACUUAAACCCUGACAAACCGAGGUCGUGACCUUAUUCACUGUUAGAUUCAGCAGCCAUCUGUUUCCUCUGCUUUCUCCAAAACAUGUCUGAGGAAGUCACUGAGACUGUGACGACUCAGAUUUAAUAAGACAUAAAAAAAGAAUAAAACCCUCAAAUAAGACAAACCCACCUUUAUCAGGAGGAAAUCAAACCCUCUGAAAUCUGGACCGAUGUGGCUGGUAUAUUUUUUAAACCAAGUCAGUUUUUAGAGAUGAUCAUUGAAAAACAAUAAAACAGAAACUUUUUAUUUAAAAUGUGAAAAUAUAAGUUCAUAACUUUACUUUAGAGUCAAACAUUAACCGAGUAAAUCCUGCAACAACAAAUGAAAUGUUCUUUAUUUAUUCAGCCCUUUACAACAACCCCUUCGGUGAUCCAAAGUGCUUUACAGAAGAAAAUAAAAAUGAAUAAAUAAAAACAACAAAAAGCAAUAAAAUAAAAUAAGAAUAAAAAGAAUAGAAUAAAGUGUCACCACGCUUCUGGGUGUUAACAGCCAGCAUAAAUAAAUACGUUUUCAAUCUAGAUUUAAAAAGGCCCAGGUCGGAGAUAAGUCUCAUUUCAGUGGGAAGUUUAUUCCAGAGUCUGGGACCAGCGACUGAAACGUCUCGAUCCCCCCAGUGUUUGUGUUUUGACCUCGGCACCUCCAGCAAAGGUUGGUCUGACGACCUCAGAGCUUUACCCAGCCCUCAAAUGGUUAAAAGCUCAGUUAAAUAGAUGGAGGCGAGGCCAUCAAGAGCUUUAAAAACAAACGUUAAAGGUUUAAAAUCAAUCCUGUUAGUGUUGGUUAAAAGACGCUAAAAUCCUAAAAGAUCUCCUAAAACUUACAGGCAGAGAUCAUAAAUCAUCGGUCGGACUCGUCCCCUCUGUCGCCCCCUGGUGGUGAAAUAAAAUCACCAUCGAGCCGCAGAGUCCUCUUCUACUUCUGAGACACUUGUGGACUCAGCUCUUGGUAGUUUGGUGAAGAUGAUGAUGAUGAAGAUAUUGUGGCUCCAUGGAGACGAUGAUAUGUUGUUAGUUGAAGUGGUGCAACUUUAUCAAAACAGUACUGAUAUUAGUGUAAUUUUGCAAAUGAACAAAAACAUCCACUAAAUCAAAUGAAUAAAUAUAUAUAUACUGUAUCUAUGUUGUUUUUUUAAUAUGUCCAACUUUAUCGUCCUGUCCGUCUGAAACUUCCCGCUGAGAUCUUUCUUUUCUACGACCUUCAGGUGACGAAUGAUAAGAUCGUCGGGACCAACCUGGUGACCGGUCUCCCCCGCAGCAGCCCGGGCAGCAGCAGAGACGUGAUCGUCCGCACCAGUAAGCUGGUCCUCCCGGUCACCUGCGAGUUCCCCAGAGAGUACCAGGUGUCGGACGGGUACCAGGCCAGUCUGCGCAGCUCCGCCCUGGAGCUGGCGAGUCACAGCGAGGGAGUCUUCCCGUUCGCCCUGGAGCUUUUCAAGAGCGCAGAGUUCUCCGAGCCGUACCGCACCCCGCCUCAGCUCCGCCUCCAGGAUCUGCUGUUCUUUGGGGUGGAGCCUAAAGAAAGGGUGGAGGGUCUCUCUGCUCUGGUGGAGAACUGCUUCGCCACGCCGGGACCCAGAGCCGACCAGGCGCUGAAGUAUUUCCUCAUCAAAGACGGGUAAGGAGCGAGACAUGGUUAUAAAAAUGGGAUAUGGUUAAAGAAAAGAGAUAUGGUUGAUAAAAAAAGAGAUACUGUUUUAAAAAAGAGAUGGUUAUAAAAAAAUAUGGUUAUAAAAAAACAUACUGUAAUAAAAAAAGGACAUAUGGUUAUAAAAAAUAUAUGGUGAUAAAAAAGAGAUUUGGUUUUAAAAAAGAGUUAGUUGUAUAAAAGAGAUACGGUUAUAAAAAAAGAAGAUGGAUAUAACAAAUAUGGUUAUUUAAAAAAGAGAUAUAGUUACAAAAAAGAGAUAUAGUUAUAGUUAUAAACGAAAUACGGAUAUAAAAAAGAAAUAUGGUUUAAAAAAAAUACGGUUAUAAGAAUGGGAUAUGGUUAAAAAAAGAGAUAUGGUUAGAAAAAAAUGAGAUACUGUUUUAAAAAAGAGAUGGUGAUAAAAAAAGAUGUGGUUAUAAAAAAACAUACUGUAAUAAAAAAAGGAGAUAUGGUUAUAUAAAAGACAUAUAGUUAUAAAAAGGGGGAAGUAGUUGUAGAGAAGAGAGAUAUGGUUAUAAAAAAGAGAUUUGUUUUUAAAAAAGAGUUAGUUGUUUAAAAGAGAUACGGUUAUUAAAAAGAUGGAUAUAACAAAUACGGUAAAAGAGAUAUAGUUAAAAAAAGAAAUAAGGUUAUAAAAUAGAGAGAAGUUUAUAACAAAAAGAGAUACAGUUAUAAAAAAAUAGGGUUAUAAAAAUAAGAUAUGGUUAUUUAAAAAAAAAAGAUAUGGUUUUAAAACAUCAAGUUUCAGGAAAUGUUCUUUCUUAUGUGAGCUUCUUCUGCCUUUACACCAUCUUUGCGGCCCCCUCUUUGCUCAGUCGGUGUCUGUGAGUCUGUUUUUAGGACCCCUGAAGCCCAUAAUAUCCAAAAACAUUUUCUGAAAACGUUCAUAAAACUGAAUCUUGAUGCAUAGAUUCAUUAAAAGUAAAUAUGAGCUCCAAAAACUGUCAUAGUUUUAAUAACAUCAGAGAAAGUUUGAGGUUUAAGAGAGAUUCACGACUGAGUUUCAUCUGCACAACAAAAAUCAUCUUUUAUUAGAAAUGUAGGAGGAGCAGAAAAACUAACAGAGGACCCAGAACGGGACCCUGAGGAACACCACAGGACAAAUCUGUCAAUAUUGAAGAGUGACUUUAAUGCAGGCGAGUUUUUUUUUAAUCAGAAAUCUCAAAAAUCUCCUUUUUUGUUGUAAAAGUCGUGGAUUUGUUACGUUUCUUUCUUCCUUCAUGAAAAUAAGCAGUUUGCUUGUUUUUGAGAUUUUUUGUUUCUCCUUUAAAAAGUUUAAAACCAGAAUUUUGUUCCUGCUGCUCACAGAUCUGUCGUUUAUCGUAUCAAAUAACGAGGAUGAAGCUUUUUUAUUAAACGCUCAGCACGCCAAAACACGUCUGAAUUCAUACGGACUGUCCCUUUAAAAGUGCGGCUGACUCACUUCAGACCCCGGACGUUUUGAAGAUGCGGUCUCAUUAAGUCCUCAUUGUAAACAUCACACCCAGCUGUUUCCACGCCGGCCCAUCAUCAGCUGCUUGGCGGUGAUAGGACAGGAAAUCUCUACUCCUUCUCGGAAAUGUCAGAUGAAAAAUGUUGGCGGCGGCGGCGUCUCUGCCAGUAAUGUGGAAAGAAGACGAGAAAAUCGAAGCUCAGAACCGCCUUAUUAUGCAGAGAGCGCUCACUCUCGCCAAACGGUUUCACCUCUGAAAUCAGAGCGAGGAUUUUCUUUCACCACUCCACGGACACGUUCAGGCGUGCUUUAAAUCUAUUUCUGUGAACUUCCUCCUCCAGAUCGGAGUGUUUGAGGAGCGUGGGCGGGCCGGCCUUGAUGAAGAGAGCGGUUAGAAAUAUAUACGGAUCACUGAGUCUGAGAGAGGAGAGACCAAAUAACUCCAUUUCCCUCUUUCUGCUGCAUCUUCAGGUGCAUCUCGGAUGAAACGGUGACUCAGUACUCGUCAAAGGACCAGCUCUCCAAGCACUACCAGGUCCCGGUCUUCAAGUUCAUUGGCAAGGACAACCGGGUGAGUAGAAGCGGCGUGCUGGGGGCCAGCUGGCGAGUUAAGUGUACUGGACUGUACUCUGAUUGUAUCUGUGUCUGCUUACAGCAAGUCUACCUGCACUGUCAGGUGUUGGUGUGCGGAGCGGGAGACUCCCGCUGCACUCAGCGCUGUCGAGGUCGAGUCCGGAGGGAGGUUCGGAGUGGUGACCCUCAGGAGGAGAGCACGCUCAGUGGAGGCCCCAUCUUCAUCCUGCCAUGAGUGACGCUGAAGCUGAGAGCCGCUUUUAUAAAACACCUGAUCUCUGCAGAGACGCACUGAGAUACUGAAACUACGACGUCAGAGCGACGGUUUAUUUAUCAGCAUUUAACUUGAACAUGUAGCACCAAGAGUUUCAGUCAACUUCAGUUUGACUUUAAUAAACGUGAGUUUACAAACCUG